ACAAUAUUCAAUUAUCAAUCAUAAUCUCGUUUUUUAUGGUUUACUACAAGAUUUUCAGAGUUUCUUUCUUUAUAUAGUGAGUGUUGCUACAUAUAUAUAAGUCAUCAGAGGCAGUGUUCAAAGCUUUCACCUCAAAAAUGGUGGUUGAGGAGUCUGAGGCGGGAGAGGUUGAGUCGCAGUUGCAAAAGAGCCACCCUUUGUCGGCCCUCGGAAAGCAAUCCUCUAUCUAUUCUCUCACUCUCGACGAGUUCCAGCAUACGUUAUGCGAGGGUGGGAAGAACUUUGGGUCCAUGAACAUGGACGAAUUCCUUACAAGCAUAUGGAACGCUGAAGAAAACCAAGCUACCGACUCCAAUAGUAGCAAUCAUCACAAUAACGGUGCAACUGGACCGGUUAGCAGCAGCCGUGUUAACUUUUCUUUGAAUGGAACAGCAGGAAGCAGUAAAGGUGUAGUUAGGCAGCCUAGCCUUCCGAGACAAGGCUCGCUUACGCUCCCUGCAACGUUGUGUCGGAAGACUGUCGAUGAAGUUUGGUCUGAGAUACAUAGAGUGCAACAAGGACAACGGCUGAGUAAUAACAGCAACUUGCAGGAUGUUGAGAAAACCAGUACUCGACAGCCUACCUUCGGAAAAAUGACCUUGGAGGAUUUCUUGGUUAAGGCAGGUGUUGUUCGGGAACCAUGUGUGCCACCACCGCAACUUCAGCAGAAGUUUGGGUUGCAUCAGUCUAGCAAUAACGCCGCUGUGGGUCCGAAUUUCAUUCCCAGGCCCAUUAUGGAAAUGGGCGGCAGUUGUGGUUUUAAUGGGAGUACAUACCAGACAAUGCCACCAGGGGGAGUACUUGGUGAUUCAUCGGUGUAUCUUAAUGAUGGUAAGAGGGGUGGUGGAGCCUACCAGCCAGCUGCCCCACCACCGUCGACAUCCGUCUGUUAUAACAGGAAAGUAGCCACAGCUGGUGGCUAUGGACCAGGACAGGCAAUGGGAAUGGUGUCACCAAUAAGUACUGUAUCACCAGAAGGGAUGUGUACCAAUCAAGUUGAUAUUGCAGCCACUCAAUUUGGUAUGGAGAUAGGUGGACUACGAGGAAGGAAAAGGAUCAUCGAUGGUCCAAUAGAAAAGGUAGUUGAGAGAAGGCAACGCAGGAUGAUUAAGAAUAGGGAAUCAGCUGCAAGGUCUAGAGCUAGAAAACAGGCAUACACAGUUGAGCUGGAAGCAGAGUUGAACCAACUGAAACAAGAGAAUGCUCAUCUUAAUCAGGCUCUGGCGGAACUCGAGAGAAGACAAAAGCAACAGUACUUUGAGGAAUGGACAAUGGAAACACCAACCAAAUCCAAAGCUAAAGAGAAACAAAGAAUAAUAAGAAGAAAUCUCAGUUGUCCAUUGUAAACCAGAAAAGAAGAUGCCCAAAGGGUCGAUAGCUCAAAUUUGACAUGAUAACUCAAGAUAAAGCACAUCAACCUCAAAAAACAUGAGAGACAGCGGAUAUCUACCGUCAAGACUA